GUUGUUUUGGCCCGGAAGUAAAUGUAGAUGUGAGUAGUUUAGUAAAGAAGACCGGCAAUGAAGAUUAUUGAAUCGUCGUUUUAGUUACUAUUCUAAAGAAAUCUACUGUGAAGCAGCUUUGUCAUGCCUGUCAGCCUCCACCCACUCCUCUCUGUCCGGGUGUAAACCAUGGUGGAUGCGGAUGAAAUCUCCAAACUCUGCUACGAGCGUUUCAAAGAGCUUCCCCGGAGAGGGAAGCCUGAUCCGGGCAGAGAGUGGACCCUGCUGGCCGCUGUGGUCCAAACCAGCCGGUGUGCAGAAGACUCUGACAGAGGUUAGACAAACUUUUCAAAUCCACCUUACUGAAUCAAUCCUGUCAGUACUUAGAGCAUUUAACUCUUAUUUUUAAGAAAUUAAAGCAUAAAUCUUUUUUUAUAAUUAAUGGAGCUAUGAUUUUUAAAAAAAAAUGAACAUAACCUUUUAUAAAAAUUUGUGACUAUAUUUUUUCCAACUAAUCAAAAACCAUAUCUUAUUUUUAUCUCACUUAUUUCAGUCCUCUACCUGCAAAUCUGUCUCUUGGGCCUUUAAUAUAUUGUACAGUCUUUGUCAGCUGUCAAAGUAGACAGAAGUAGAGGAAACAAUGUUAAAUGAAGUAUAUUUAUUCAAUCACGUGUGUGUCUCUGUUCGUGCACACAUGCUCCUCUCCACCCUUAUAUAAUAAAUCAGUGCAACAGUUGGGCCACACUGUCUGGACAAGACCUUAAAGUAAAUCUUUGUUUCAAGUACGAUGGACUAUAACCAACACCAAAAUACAGUCAACACCAAAAUUAUUGAUAAAAAUAAUGAUAACAACGAAAAUAGCUCAUAAGAGUUUAAGUUAAGAACUGAUAUCGAGCCAUUUUCCAUGGUUUUCUUGAUAAUAACCAAAAUCACUUGAGUUCUAACAUCAAUACUUAUGGCAUUGUUCUGCCAAAAACAAAGCUUUUAGUCAUUCCAUGUUUUCUCUCCUGUCUGUUGGUCACAUGAUACACACAGAAGUUAGUCCUAGAUUGGAUAGCCACUGUUUUUAAUGACUGCAGCCAUGUGUCUUGGCAUGCUCUCCACCAGCUUCUGACAUUGUUCUGCUGUCACAGCAACCCACAAAAUUUCUACCAAAUCUGAUUUGUUUUUGGGCUUGUGGUUUUCCAUUUUGAGUCUGAUGGUGUUCCACAGGUUUAUAAUUGGAUUAAGAUCCAGUGAUUGAGCAGGCCGAGGCAUGGUUCGAAUGUUUUGGUUCUCCAUCCAGACUUAAAUUGACUUUGCCGUGAGGCAAGGGGCAUUGUCUUGUUGGAAAAUCCAGUCAUUUGAGCCAGGAAAGAGUUUAUCAGCUGAUGGAAGAAGACUGUUUUCAAGAGUAGCUCUGUAUGUGAUCUGGUUCAUUCGCCCGCCACACAACUGCAUUUGCCCUGUUCCACCCAUACUGAAACAACCCCAGAUCAUCAACGAUCCACCCCCAUAUUUUACUGGAGGGGCAAGACAGUCUGGUUUGUUGGCUUCUCCAGGCCUCCUCCUAACCAGUAAGUUGUCUGGAAUGGGCAUCAACUCAAAAUUGGAUUCAUCACUAAAGAGAACCUUAGCCCAAUCAUCAACAGUCCAAUCCUUGAGAUCCCUAGAAAAGAGUAACCGAGACUUCCUCUGCCUUUCGUUGAUGAAGGGCUUCUUCUGUGCCCUGUGUGACUUUAGACCAGCUUCAAGAAGUCGAUUUCAAACUGUCCUUGCUGAACAAGUCACAUUUCGUUUUUUGGCUACCUGUCUCUUUCUCAUGCCAAUUUCCAGCGUUGCCAAGAUGGCUGCCUUUGUGGCGUCAGUCACUUAUUUUGUCUUAGACAUAAUGUUAGAGCUGACAACAUCUUAGUUGUGCUAUGACUUGAAUGUCAGCGGUAAACAACUCUAGGCCUUUGCAUGUGCAGUGCUGCUAAUGACAUGAAAUGGCCUCUCAUUUACCCUGGGAACACAAUUAAGCUUAAGCGUGUCAAAUAGGUCAUAAAAUAUCAUGGAAUCAGCUGCAUUUUUAGUUUCAUUCAUCGUAUUUUCAGGUUAUAUACCUUUAGUGGUAUCCGGCAUGAAAAUAAACAAGAAAUUGAAGAAAACAAAGAUGAUCUAAUAGUUUUUUCCAUGACUGUGUAGUGAGGUGAAACAGCACAGCACAAACAUUGAGUUUGAAAAUACAGACUUUAAAUGAAAAAAAGCACUGUAGACUUCAUAAAAUACUUAGACGAAGCAAGUGGGAGAAACAACAAUAAAACAAAUGAAUGAAAAAAUAACCAUUAUACUACUACUUAUAAUAAUGAUAAUGUAGAAAGUGUAUUUAUACAGAAUAGUAGACAAGUUGUGUUGUAGGCUGUGUAAUAAUGGAGCUUUUCUCUUCUUUCCACAGUGGAAAAAAAGGUUGUGUCCUUGGGAACUGGAACCAAAUGUAUCGGACAGACAGCUAUGAGUCCAAACGGUGUGUGUGGUCUUAAUAUUGUUGCUGUAACUGCUGCUGCUGCUGCUGUCUCCAGGCUGCGAUGGGUUCUCAGUGGCAGCAUGAAGUCCAGGACUUAUACUUAAUAACUAUUCAUGAUGCUAAGAGGGAUGUUUAGUGCGCCCCAACACAUUCAUCACACUUAGUGCAUUUGGCCAAAUCGUGCUGGGAUGGCCUUCCUCAACCUUCCUCAGCCAGGCCUGUUUUGAUGCAUCCAAGCCAUGUUGGCCUUUAGAGUUGUCCUGAUCCCUGAUGUUUGCAGUUGACAAAUACAUUUAUCAAGCUGUGUGAAACACUGACAUCUGGGAAAGCUUAUAAGACUCCCGUUUAAAUAUAUAUAUCUAUUAAAACUUUUGAAAUCGUACGUCAAUAUAUCUUCCUCAUGUCUUUUUAGGUGAUGUACUAAAUGACAGUCACGCUGAAAUCAUUGCCAGGAGGGGAUGUAUCAGGUCUGUUUUCAGUUUUUUCUCGUGCUUCAUACUGACUCACUCCUGCAUACAGUGUGAUUGAGGGCUCUCACUGUCUUACUGUCUGCUGUAUGUGUGUGUGUGCAGGUAUCUGAUAGCAGAACUUCACAGAGCCGUGAACGGCGAGGGAAGCUCUGUGUUCUGUCAGGCAGACGAGCGAGGGAAGUGGAAGCUUCAGCCUGGAGUUUCCUUCCUGUUCUUCACCAGCCACACUCCCUGUGAGUUUGCAGUUGACAAAACAUAACCACAAAAACUUAUUUAAACUUAUGGACCUACAGAAUUAAAAUCAAGUCUUUUUUAAAGAAUCUAUUUCUAUCUAUGAAAAGAGGUGAAUUUUAAAUCUCAGAUCUUGUUCCAGGUGGUGUUUUAUCGACUUUUUUCCUCCGGCUUUUUUUGUGCCAGAUUUAGUAAUAUCCAUUUUUCAUGUAUGAGAAUCAUUUAUAGAAAUUAAAAAUGAGAGAAACCUCAUAAUUAUCACAUCACUGAUGGAUUUUCAGACAAUUUUCCUGCAUUCCCCUCCUGUCACCUGAGACAAUUUUACCGAAUGAAUUUUUGCUUGAAUAAUUUGCUUCUUAUCAGGUGGAGAUGCUUCCAUUGUCCCCAUGACUGAAAGCCAAUCUCAGCCCUGCCCCCCUGUUACUACAUCUGCAAAUAGUUCAGAGAGAACUGAUGGAGUCGGGAAUCUGAAAAGGAAAACUGAGGAACCUAAUGAAGUGAAAAACAUCAAAGUUUGCCGUCUGGAGGAACAGGAGACAACCGAGGCAUUAAAAAGUGAAGAUCUCUCCAAGACUCCCUCUACAAAAACACCCGUGGAAACUUUCUCACAAGGUUCAGCUGGAUUGGAGACAAAAACCAGAGGCCUUUCUGACAGAGCUGGACUAGAUCCACAAGUCCCAGACAUCCACAGAACCGGAGCUAAGUGUGUCCCUGGGGGCCCAACAGACCCUCUGCACCCUGGGACAGGAUACCACAGCACAGGGGUCUUGCGGGUGAAGCCUGGGCGAGGUGAGCCGACUCUUUCCCUCUCCUGCAGUGACAAACUGGCUCGCUGGGGGGUGCUGGGUUUCCAAGGUGCACUGCUGUCCCACUACCUACAGGAGGCGCUCUACUUCAGCACUGUGGUGGUGGGCAAGUGUCCGUACAGUCAUGAAGCGAUGCAGAGAGCUUUGAUCAGCAGGUGAGGAGGGAGGUCAGGAGGAGAAGGUUGUUGAUAAGUAGUUAAAUAUAGAGAGACUUCAAAGUUGUUUUUUUGUCGUACAGUGUGUAAAAGAAUAUAUGUGUAAGGUUUUGAGAGCAGGAAUUUUAUCUUACCACUCAUAUUACUUGACGUAAUUUGUUUUGUUUUGCGCUGCUUUUUUAAAAAAUAAUCAUUGUUUUGUCUAUGAAUACAUGAAUAGAGGUUAGCCUCAUCACUUCAACUGGAAAAACUCAAGACUGAGAUCAGUGAGGAGUGUGUCAAAAUGAAGGAGUGAAUCUUAAAGUAUAAUCUUCUCUUCUUAUAUUUAAGGAAAUACUGUUUACACUCAUGCCAUAUAGAGUUUAGACAAAUUAGUUGAGGCUCCUGCUCAGUGUUUGAAGGGUUUGUCUUUUGUGUGGGUGAGCCAGCAGCCUUUCUACAAUGACAUCCCUCCCCCUGUUUCUCUCCAGGUGUUCCCAUGUGUCGGACCUCCCUGCUGGUUUCUCUGUGUGUUCACCUGCGCUGCUCCAAUCUAGCCUGGAGUUCCCCUUCAGCCAGGCACAGACAGAGCUCCAACACCAGGUCGGUCAGGGACGGGUCUCUCCCUGUGGGGCAGGUACUGUUGCAUGGUCAAAUACACACACACACACACACUAAUGUGAAAGAACAGAGUGAACCACUUUUGUAUCAUUCAUGUGAAAUAAAAUUACUUAAAUCUCCAUUUACCCAAAUUAAACAGAGUUUAUAUCAUGAACCUUUUACCCAUGAGAGGGAAAUUAAAAUUUGACAGCUCCAGUAAAUCUGACAUUACGAUAAAUAUUAAGGGUCUGAAGUUAAAGGCUUUUAGUCAAAGUUAUACAACAUGAACGUGUGUCAUGGAUAGCGCUUUAUCAGAGACCCUCAAAGCGCUUUACAUUGGAUACAUCAUUCAUUCAUUCACACAGUCACACUUUGGUUUGGCUUUAAAUUUCACUAAAGAUUUAAAAUCCUCUUUUUUGGUCUCAUGUUAAAUGUUGAGAUCAAAAAGAAGAUUUUAGAGUUUAGAGAUGAUUUUGACCAGCGUUGGUUGUAUUCUUGGUAUGUUUUACACAUGUUGGUGUCCAGAGUUGUGUUUAAACAGGGUGUCUGCGGGGUCUUAAAAAGUCUUACAAUGUCUAUAAUCAAACAAUUUGAAUUUAAGGCCUCUUAAAAUAUCAUAAAAUGUCUUAAAUACAAUUUUGAAAGGUCUUAAAAAUGUAUCAACUCUACUUAUAAAUAAAUAACGUGCCACAGGAAUUGAGAUUGAUUUAAUGUCAUGUAAAAUGUUCUGAAUUCCCUUCAUGUCUUUCAUACUUUUUUGCCAGUAUGGAUAUAAAAUGAGUUUUAACUUGUAUUCAUUAAGGUCUUUAAAAAGUUAAAAACGUCUUAAAUUUGACUUGUUGAAAGCUUCAGAGACCCUGUUAAUAGAGUUUCAUUGGAUUCAUUAGGCUGCAAGGAGCUGGUUUUGUUAGCUUGGUAUUUUUUCUGAGAGGAAACAGACCAAAACAAGUUUAUGCCUGGUGAUGAUUUCCCUCUGUGUGAAGUAUCAACACUGUCUGAAACCACUUUGAGACUUGUAUCUAAGCGGUUUUAAUUGUCACAUUAAAAAUUGAGUUACAUCACAUGUUAUUUCAACACCUGACAACCAAGACAAAAAACACAAAAACAGAUGUACGCAAAUAACAAGAAAGCAGCUGCAAGAAAAUGAGUUGAAGUCAAAAACAAACAGAGACAAGAGUGCAAAGUCUGCUAAACAAGAAGAGAUGUAGAGCUCCAUAUGUAUCAGAAGGGGGCGCCAUAUUUUCUUAGCUUUGUCAAGAUUUCCAUGCACCAGAAAUAUAAUCUUUCCUCUUGACCUGGAAAAUAAGAUAUUUCACAUCCAGACAAACAGCAGAAGGAAAAGUAUUUCAUGUUUUCACAGGUGUCCCUCAAAACAUGACAACAGUGUCAGUCUGCUGUGUUUAAGUGUCUUAUUUAGAUUCAUAACAGUGAAAUGAUCGACAGUCAAUAAUGAGCAAGACAUGAGCUUUUGAUGACGAAAACUGGGAACACUUUAUUGAGUUUGAGUCUGAGAUGAUGCUCAAAGUGUUGGUGUUAAAAUUAAAUCCUUCAGGAAGACCUUUUGUUGAUUUGUUAAACAUUCAUUCUAUCCAAAUGUGACUGCUCAUAAAAAACACUCCUCUGUAUCAGAUCACACAGCCAUACAGGUGCAGGACAGAUUGGGAAAAGAGCAACAAGCUGAUAAAUGUUGUUGAAACUGAUGUAGGUAACAAAAACAUGUGUCACCGUCAUUUCACCGGUGGUUGUUGCUGGACCCCACAAAAUCUCAAACAGCCGGUCAUUAUCCAGGUCUGGUUGCAAUUUUCACUCCACACAAGUCUCUUUGCUCAGUUUAACAAACUUGAUCACAUCAAAGAUAAACAACCCUCCUGUUUGAUCACAUGCUCACCAGAUGGAGACAUUUGGGGAAAAUUUAACCUCCAAUUAUCUCAGUUAACAAUUUUAAUAUCUGAAACCCUGGAUGACCAGAUCAAGAAUUUCAGCCACCAGUUACAUCCUUGACCUUGGAGACGAUGUCUUUAUUUGUUUACCAUCUGGUACAAAGUCUGUGUCUCCUUGAAAGUCAUAAAAGGGUAAGAAUGCUCAAAAAUGUGCAUGAAUAUACACAGUGAUUUUAAAAUAUGCACAUUAUUGUGACUGUGUCUCAGACGACAAAGGCAUCAGACAUUUUGUUUGAUCAUCAGGUAACCAUAUAUUCUCAGUUUUUUUCAGAAUUAACCCUAAAAAUACAGUAUUUAUACUUUUUUAAAGGUCAUUUGCUGUUGGAGGUUUUGUUUCUCGAGUAAAAGUUGUGGUCAUGUGUUUCAGCCAUAAGUUGGUGUAAUGUUCCUGAGCAGCCACUGGAUGUCACUGCAAACGGUUUUAAACAUGGAGUCACUAAGAAGGUCCUGGGCACCGCCAAAGCCAGGUGAAGCCAAUGCGCUCACAUCAGGCGUAAACAUCAUUAAUGAGAAUUCAUUAUUUAGCUUUGUUAUUGUUCUCACCACAGUGAGGUUAUAUUCUAACAUCUCAGUGUGUCUCCAGGUCUCUCUUGUGUAAACUGGAGCUUUUUCAUUCCUUCCUGUCUCUGGUAUCAGCAACUGACCCCGCAGCACUUCCUGACUCUCUCAGGUAAGAAAACAAAAGGGUCUUUCAUGAUCUUGCUGUGGCUUCAAACAGCAUCAUCUAAUCAGAGCAACCGAGAACAGAGGGAUUUAAGAUCCUCUGGCUGUCAAAAUGUGUGCUUUAGGGUAGAUCUUGUCUCAUCUGCUGAAGUAUAGGGUGACAGUAACAAAAAAAAAACAGUAAAUGAUAAUAAAAACAAUCAAAGAUCAGCAAUCACUGCUGCCAGUUUGACUGCGCUGGGAGUUAUUUCAUAAUGCUGUCAGACAGAUUAUAGAAUAAUCUUAGUCUGUCAGUGCAAAAACAAACACUUUUAGAAGGGCUCCCACGCAAGUAUGGAAAAGUAUGGAAGUAAUUUGAUCAGUUUCUAGGUCUUAAAAAGUAUGGUAAAUGAAAAAUAAAGUAUGGAAAAUAUUUAUGUUAACAGACUAUAUUAUCGCAGUAAUAAAAUACUGUUUUCUAAAAAUAGAAAAGUAGGAAUUUCCAAACAUGAUUUCUAAAAAGUAGGGUAAAUUCCAAAUGUGUAGGAACCCUGUUUUAGAGUAUGUGCUUUACUCCCAUUACAUCCUUUACAGUCCAUGUUGUGAUCACAAACUAAAGCAGUAAAUUCCAAAACAAAUCAUUACAGUUCAUAAAAAACAGGGUCCAGGUUCACUAAUAGCUGAUUUUUACUUUUACUUUUGAGGGUCUGGUAGAAUGAGAGAUCCAAGCUGGAGCUUUGGUGGCACCUGUAAAGUGUUGAGUUGUGCUUUUUGAUUCAUUUUGACCUAACUAAUGAGUCUGGUGUGUUAUUUUACUAAUGUGUGUGACCCUCCUGUGCCUCUGUUUACUACUCAGGUUUUUUUCUUUUUUGUGUAUGUGAACGAUGUCCCCGGUAUUCCUCCCAAGAGAGUAUCAAGUGUCAGAUAGCUCACUUUGUUGAGAUUACCCAACAAAUUGUGUGUGUGCGUGUAUGUGUGAGUGGGUGUGUGUAUUCAGAUGUGUGUUUGUGUCAUUGUGUGUGCUAAUGACUGAGAAACAUCUCCAAAAGGCAGAACAGUGGCUUCUCUGUCUAUUAGAGUUUUAGCCGAUAACCUGAUCCCAUCCCAGCCUGGCCCACUGACGGAUCAACAGAACACACUCAUGCACACACAUUCAGCUGGCCCCCUCACACAAAGACAACAUUAUCUGCAAUGAAAAAGUAUAUCGGAUUAGAAGAAGCAAUAAGGUAGCAGGGAGUCUCCGCUUUUGUCUGCAUUGUUUUUAUAGCAUGACUUUAACGUGGGCAGCAAGAUCCAAACUGUCUUGUUAAGAUCGACUCUUCAUGCCGUGACUCGAGUAACUUGAUGCUGAUUCUUACAUGUUGAUCCUCUAACAGGUAACCUUUUUUUUUCACACCAAAAAAAUUUGACUCCUACAAAAAACAGGUGUUAUUAUCAAUGAUGCCUCUGUUCUGUUUAUGACUCCUAAUAAUAAGCCAAACGGCAUAAACCAGGACUGAAAACUGAAAGAGCUGUGAUUGGCUGAAAACACCAACAGUGAAAACACAGGACGCAUCGACCCCUGUUCGAGUCCCAUCAUCAAAAAAAAACAUAAACAUUUAUUCUUAAGAUUUUGAAAACAAACUGUUUUAGUGUUAGAGUUUUUUUAGGAGGCAAAAAAAGCAGUUUUGGGUUUUAUCAAAGUUCUACAGGCAGCCCAGGAAUAAAAAGUAGGUAAAUUGCAGCACAAGAGAGCAAGUUUAGGCAGAUGUGACUCAGUAGAGUCAAAAACCCAUCAAUCACAGUGGUAAGUCCUCCCCUCAUGCUUGUUUCUGUGUAUUUUUCAGGAGAGCAGAUCUGCAGACAUACUUGGACUAUAAGCAGGCAGCUCAGUCGUACCAACAGGCCCGUCAGCAGCUGCACAGCCAGGCUUUCCCUCUGUGGCCAUGCAGCAGCAGAGAUCUUUUGCUCUUUCGCUGAAAGCCCUGUAUCUGAAGCUGAAGUGUCCUUCUCAGGGGCGAUGAGAAAGUGCCUGUGUUCGUAGUGAGAACUCACAAGUCAAAUGUCAAAAUAACCUGCUGGUCUGAGUGGACUGUUAUUCUUCCAGGUCUGAUCCUGGGUCUGUGAAACUCUCUUCAAGUGACGGACGGUAGAAACAAAGCCUCUGGUUAAUGAGAAAAACACCCUGAAUCAUGACGACAAACUUGUCUACUUUUACCUUAGCAGAGUUCAUUUCUCAGCACUUGUUGGGUCAGCUGGUCUGUCCGCAUAAAUAGUGUUUGACUGUUUUAGACUCUCUCACGACUCACAACAGCAGGACGCUGAGCUCUGUCCUGCUGUUCAGAGAGGUUGAUGACCGCUCCUCUGUGUCCUCAGAUGAUGCUUUCUUCUUUUUAAAUGAGCGUAAAAUGUUGUGACUGCAACUGUGAGGGAUUCACACUGUUUAAACACAACUGGACACACCUGUCUGCAACUGGACACAGCUCUAAGUCUGACACCCUGUCCUAGUUUGAAUGUAGUUUGAAUGUUCUCCUGUGUGGGUGACUGAAGACAAAACGUAUUCAGAGACAAUUGUUGCUGUUAAUGAUCUGUAUACCUGACCUGGGUCUUACUAUUUCAAGUCGUGGACAUUUGUCUCACACAUGGGGAUACAGAGUCAAAUGUCAGCUUAACAGUUGGGUCCUUCUCAUGUCCAGACAUCAAACUGUGAUGGACUGGAGUUUUCAGGUGAGUAUUUGAAGUAAUCUGAGGUUUUUCAGAUGUGGUCUGGGGGGUUCUUGUGAAGGGAAUCCUUAAAAUGAUUAACCCAUACUGAGUCAUUUUGAUUUUUUUGAUGCAUGCAUGAAAUUCUGCAUUUCUGCCUCAGGUUAGCUCAAAGAAAUCAACCAUGGCUCUGUAACCGCUGUUGUAUUUUUUUAUAACAGGGUUUCAAGUUUUAGGGCCUUUCCUGAUAGUGAAUUAUCAGUGAACUUCAAGUAGUUCAACUGAUGGUAAAGCAGCAUGUCUUAGUACCUUGUUAUGGUUGAACUAUAUAAUACAGAAUUGAUUUAGUAAAACAAACAAAAAAAGGUCCUUGCCGUCUUUUCGAAGUCCUGUUUUGGGGCAGUUUGCCUAUAUUAGAUAUGAUAACUGGACUAAACAGGAAAUGUGGGGAGUAGAGAGUGGGAGAGGACAUGUAUGCAAAGGUCUGUGGCCAGGAAUCAAACAUGCAACCACGGUGACAAGGACAGUAGUCUCUAGACUAGGCAAUUUUUUUUUACUUGUUUUGAUUUAUCAUUGCACCUUUUUUUUUUUUUUUACAACUAACUCCUUUCGAUGGAAAUUGUCCUCAGUUCCCUCUCAUCCUGAUGGCUUGAAGGCCUGCCCAGACAGUGCAUGUCUCCUGAGUAUUGAUUACUGUUAUUCAUUCACAAAUGUACACAGAACUUUUUUCAUAUCAUGUUGGAGGUCACCAGAAACACACCGCAACAUUCAUGGACUCUUUUUAUGUCAGUUUUUGACAGCUGGAUAUCGCACACCAAACCAAAACAGAAAAGACCUCGACAGUAUUUUCCUUUUAUUUGACAUGAAGCCCUUUUUGUAAAUAAAAAUCUACAAUUCUG